CGCAAAACGAUAACGCGUCAAAAUACUACUCGCUCGAAAACGGAGCGUGGAGCGCGAGAAGGCAGCGAUGAGCGACUGGCGGAGCGGCAGCGAGUGGCCAACGAAGCUGUGAAGGAGUUCGAAGAGCGUAAACUGCGACGCGCGCGCGACGAAGCCGAGGGACGAGUGCGGCAGCAAGGGAAGCCGGCACGAGUCAGCCUUGUACAGCACCGCGGCGAGGAAGUCGAGCAGAGGACACUCGACAGUGGAGCGAGGUAUACGGUGGCUGGCACCGAGUGGAUGCAGUACGGUGACAGAGUCGAGAGAGCAGCCCCUCUCGACUACGUAGAGGGCAUUGGUGGCUUCUUGUUGAACGUAAUGGGUGUGUGGGAGUUCCACAUGCGCAGUGUCUUUGGUGAGAUCAUUCGCGUUGAGGCAUGUAUUGUGUCUGGGUGUACGGACUUGUUUCUACUUGGUGUCGACUUUAUGUGUGGACAUGGAGCGACCAUGGACUUCGACAGGAAUGAAAUUCGCUACACUACGGCGGAACGAGCAGUGUUCAUCCCGUUCAGAACAAGGUGUGACGCUAACGGAGCACGUGUAGCCGCUGUACGAAUGGUGCGACGGACAGAGAUUGGCGCGAGCGCAGUGACACCAGUCGAGGUGUCGGUAGGGGCAAAUGAUGGAGAAGUGGGCGUCUUCCUGCCUACGAAGUACACCGGCGCGGUGAUGCUGGCGGUGACCGUAACGAAGGUCCAGAACGGCAAGGCGAUAGUACCGGGGGUAAAUGCGAAGCAUGGACCAAUGCGAUUGUGUGCGAGGCAAGAGCUCGGGUAG